GCACAGUAUGCCACCUCAAAAACAUGCAAGUCAAACGGCAAGAAAGAGCCUUGGAGAAGAAGGUAUGUCGUUGAACGUGCUGCCUGAAGGAUGCAUAGCCAACGUUUUGGCGUUCACCGGCCCGAGGGAUGCUUGUAGGCUGUCCAUUGUUUCUUCCUUGUUUAAGUCGGCGGAGGAAUCUGAUGCUGUGUGGGAAAGGUUUCUUCCUCGUGAUUAUCAAUCUAUCAUAUUUACGUCCGAUAGUUAUGUUCUGCUGGCUUCUCUUUCUUCCAAGAAACAGCUCUAUCUCAGGCUUUGUGAGAAGCCCAUAAUUAUCGACGAUGGCAAAAAGAGCUUUUCAUUGGUAAAAAAGAGCGGGAAGAAAUGCUACAUGCUGUCUGCAAGAGACCUGAUGAUUGUAUGGGGUGACACUCCUACUUAUUGGAGAUGGAAUUCUGAUUCUUCUUCCAGGUUUGGGGAAGUGGCCGAGCUGAUUGGUGUAUGUUGGCUUGAAAUUCGUGGCAAAAUUAAUGCAACUAUGCUAUCUCCAGCAACGUUGUACGCAGCAUACCUUGUGUUCAAGCCAAAAGAAGGAGUUUAUGGGCUGGAUUACCAGCCAGUGGAGGUUGGGGUGGGGCUUGUUGGUAGUGAAAAUGGUAAGCGAAAUGUGUAUUUGGACUCACAGAGAGGUCGAGCACAUCGAUAUCAUCUUGUAAGAAGGCGCAUUGGGUUGCACAACCGCAGCCGAAUUGUGGGGAUGCAAGAACCUGUGCCUGCUAGUGAAAACAAUGGACAGCAUCCAAAGGAAAGGGGAGAUGGGUGGCUGGAGAUUGAGUUGGGUGAGUUCUUUUGCAAGGAAGGGGAAGAUGGAGAACUGGAAAUGAGUGUUCAAGAGGUGAAGAGUGGUGAUUGGAAAGGUGGGCUGACUGUUGAGGGGAUUGAGAUUAGGCCAAAAGAAGGUUAAUAAAUAAAGCCAGUUUUUUUUCCCAUUCUAUUAGUAAUGUCUUUACCUACUCUUUUCGCAUGGGUAGCAAGAACUUUUGCUGGUGUUAUUUCAUAGCUAUUAUAUCUUCUUCUGCAAAUUUUCAUUUUGAUGUUUGCCCAAUGAUGUUCUUUGGUUAUUGUAAUAAAAAUCUGGUUCAUUUUCUUA